CUCUCCUGUGAUGUGCUGAGCUUCCAGCGUCCCUUCUCUCUCCUCCUGCCCUUGCCCUGUCUCCUCCACUCCACCGGUCCGCCGGCCUCACUCCUGCCCUAUAAAUAAAUCAUCCAUAGCCGUUGCGGAAAACCAUCCAUGAGCGCCAACUUCAAGGGACAAAACAACUAUCCGGUAACACGCACGUGGCAGCAAGAGGCCUCGAUCGCCGUCUUCUUGGAGCCGGAGGCAAUGGCGGCGGCGGUGGCGGUGCAUUCUUGGCGCCAGGCAUUCGCCGUGCUCGUGUUGCUGCUGCAGCAGCUGCGAGGCGCGCAAUCGGCGACGUUCACGAUCGCCAACAGCUGCGGGUACACGGUGUGGCCGGGCCUGCUGUCCAGCGCGGGGUCGGCGCCGCUGCCCACCACGGGGUUCGCGCUCCCGCCGGGGGCGUCGCGGGCAGUGGCGGCUCCCGCGGGGUGGUCGGGUCGCCUCUGGGGCCGCACGCUCUGCGCCGCUGAUGCUACAGGGCGGUUCGCGUGCGCCACGGGGGACUGCGGGUCGGGGGACGUGCAGUGCAGCGGCGGCGGCGCGGCGCCGCCCGCCACGCUGGCCGAGUUCACGCUCGACGGCAGCGGCGGGCUCGACUUCUUCGACGCCAGCCUCGUCGACGGUUACAACCUGCCCAUGGUCGUCACGCCUCUUAGCACCACCGGCAACGCUUCCGGUGGCGGUUCUUCGGGGAAGUGCGCGGCGACGGGGUGCGCCGCGGAGCUGAACGGCGCGUGCCCGGCGGACCUGCGGGUGGUGGCCACGGCGGCCGAGGGUGAUGGGCCGGUGGCGUGCCGCAGCGCGUGCGACGCGUUCGGGGACGCGCAGUACUGCUGCAGCGGCGCGUACGGGAGCCCGAGCGCGUGCCGGCCGUCGGUCUACUCGGAGUUCUUCAAGAGCGCGUGCCCGCGCGCGUACAGCUACGCCUACGACGACGCCACCUCCACCUUCACCUGCGCCGCCGGCGCCACCGACUACGCCGUCACCUUCUGCCCCGCCGCGUCCACCAGCGUGAAGUCGACGGGAGAGAACCCGCAGGCGGCCGGGCUGCCGCAGAUGAACGACACCAUGGUCUACUUCGGCGGCGGCGGCGGUAUUAACGCGCAGGCCAGCAGCGCCGCCGCCGCAGAGAAAUACCUCGUCGCCGUCGCGGUCACGGCCGUCGCUCUCUCGGCUCUCCUCUGAGCGCCGCCGAUCCGUGCCAAACGGUGCACAACGCGCGCGCGCAGCUGCAGCAAGUUAGCCGCCGGGCACCGAGCAGUGCUGACCGGUCACCGUCUCUGGAGCGUGGGCCCCGCAGAGCAUCUGGACAGCGUGGGGAGAAAUGCUGACCAAGUUACAGAGUGAACGCAGGCUCGAGGGAACAAGAGAAUGGGACUGGAGUAUAUUAUAUUGUUGUAGUUUAGGACCAGGCUCGAUUAGCUUCUCGCCUUCUUUUUCUUGCAUUCUUUUUCAACUUCUUUCACUUUUGGGGCGGAUAAUUCGUUGACUAUUUUCCGUGCUAGAAGAUCACAUUGCGACGGAAUUGAAAAGAUUUGUAGUUUGUAAAUGAUUGGUUGGUAGAUUUAUUUGAUUGUGAAAAGGGGAUGUAUUAAGUUUUAUAAUGUCCUAAAUGCCUCCUCUUGCCUAUGCUCUGAAGUGAACUUCUUUUGCCAA